GGUGGCGCUUUUUUAUGACGACAAAGCGGCAGCCAAGGCCAGGAAGAAAAGGAAGAGGUCCCCUCGGAGCUGUUUGACACUCACGUGACGGCGGUUAAAGGGGACGCGGCCUCCGUUUCAGGCGGGAAUCUGGACGAUUCAUUUGGGUUUAUAACAUGGCUGACGAUCUAAAAAGAUUUCUGUACAAAAAGCUUCCAAGUGUUGAAGGACUUCAUGCAAUUGUCGUGUCAGACAGAGAUGGUGUGCCUGUUAUCAAAGUUGCCAAUGAUAAUGCUCCAGAGCAUGCUCUUCGACCUGGAUUCUUGUCAACAUUUGCACUUGCAACAGACCAGGGUAGCAAACUAGGUCUCUCCAAAAACAAGAGUAUUAUCUGUUACUACAACACGUAUCAGGUGGUUCAAUUCAACAGGUUACCACUGGUAGUCAGUUUCAUUGCUAGCAGCAACGCCAAUACAGGGUUGAUUGUAAGCUUGGAAAAGGAGCUCGCGCCCUUGUUUGAAGAGCUGUGGCAGGUUGUGGAAGUCUCUUAACUGAAUCCAUCCCAAACAUCUCCUCGGUACCAAACAAGAACAAAGUCUGUCUUUUCCAGUGGUCGGCCCAAACCCAUGUCACUUCCUCUUGUUCCAAAUUUAAAAACAAAGACUCCUCAUAGCAUUACACCUGAAAUCAUAUUUAUAAAGCGAGACUGGGAGAGGUUGGCUGUGACUGCAUUCGCUAAACUACGAGGAUCUUUGAGCUGCUCCCAUGGAGUUAACCUCAGGCAUGCAUUGCCCAGAUGGUAUUUCAUGAAGUGUCCAAAGCUGGAAAAAUAGGGUUUGAUUGAAUACACUGCCCACAGCUUUCUUAACGGUGUGGGACCCCUUGCCUUUUGGGGUGCCAUUAUAUAAGCUGGGGAGAAACCAUUAUUCUAGCAUUAUCUUGCAAUGAUAACAUUACAGGGGGAAGUUUUGCUAGCACCGACAGGUAGUCAGCAACUGUUGUCUGGGUUUUUUUAAAAGCCCUAAAAGUCAAAAAGCUGACUGCUUUUUAACAGGCAUUUGCUAUCUCUAUAGCACUUUUUGUGCAGAAAUCAAAGUUCCCAGCCAUCGUGUGUUCUCUCUGCAUAUUUCUUUGUAAAAAUAUAUAGGUAAUGUCUGUGUCAUCCCAGUUGUUGCAGAUGUCUGAAUACACACAAUUGUGGUGUUUUGUGGGCUCACGCUCAUUCCGCUGCCUCGUUUACCCUUGCUUGUUCCUAAACAAAUUUAAAUAAACAUAUUUAUAAAAUAUG